UCCUGAAGUUCACGUUGUUGUUGUUAGCUUUAGCAUCCGGUGCUAGGACGAACAUACAUUUGGAGCUUAAAUUAUAUGGACAGAGCAUGGAAAGGAUCUGCAACUUGAAGACGGGUCUGCACAACAUGAGGUGAACACUGAGAGCUGACAGCCUCCUACUCUGCACAGACACGUGAUUUGUAGAUCAGAGCUGAGACUAGUUCCACGUUUGACUUCAGUCUCAGUUAUAGAGAGGACAAAUGGCGCAGAAAGGAGUUCAGCUGGAUAAAGAAACCUUUUCUUGUUCGAUCUGUUUGGAUCUUUUAAAGCAUCCGGUGACUAUUCCCUGUGGACACAGUUACUGUAUGAACUGUAUUAAAACCUACUGGGAUGGAGAAAAGGAGAAGACAAUCCCCAGCUGUCCUCAAUGUAGACAGAUGUUCAAACCAAGACCUGUGCUGGUGAAAAACACCAUGUUAGCAGCUUUAGUGGAGCAGAUGAAGAAGACUGGACCCCAAGCUGCUCCUCCUGAUCACUGCUAUGCUGGACCUGAAGAUGUGGUCUGUGAUUUCUGCUCUGGAAGAAAACGGAAAGCCAUCAAGUCCUGUUUAGUCUGUCUGGCCUCUUACUGCGAGAAACACCUUCAACCUCAUCAUGAUGUGGCUCCAUUAAAGAAACACAAGCUGGUGGAUCCCUCCAAGAACCUGCAGGACAACAUCUGCCCCCGUCAUGAUGAGGUGAUGAAGAUGUUCUGUCGUACUGAUCAGAAGUGUAUCUGUUAUCUCUGCUCUGUGGAUGAACAUAAAGGCCACGACACAGUCUCAGCUGCAGCAGAAAGGACUGAGAGGCAGAGAGAGAUGGAGGAGAGUCGACAACAAAUCCAGCAGGAGAUCCAGGACAGAAAGAAAGAUGUGAAGCUGCUUCAGCAGGAGGUGGAGGCCAUCAAUAAGUCUGCUGAUAAAACAGUGGAGAACAGUGAGGAGAUCUUCACUGAGCUGAUCUCUGUCCUCCAGAAAAGAAGCUCUGACGUGAAGCAGCAGAUCAGAUCCCAGCAGGAAACUGAAGUGAGGAGAGUCAGAGAGCUGGAGGAGAAGCUGCAGCAGGAGAUCACUGACCUGAAGAGGAGAGACGCUAAGAUGAAGCAGCUCACAGAUACCGAGGACCACAACCAGUUUCUCCACAACUACCCCUCACUGUCACCACUCAGUGCGUCCACACACUCAUCCAGCAUCAGCAUCCGUCCUCUCAGGUACUUUCAGGAUGUGACAGCGGCUGUGUCAGAGGUCAGAGGUCGACUACAGGACAUCCUGAGAGACACAUGGACAAACAUCUCACUGACCAUCACUGAGGUGGAUGUUUUACUGUCAGAUUCACAAUCGGAUACAAAGAGCAGAGCUGGAUUUUUGAAAUAUUCAUGUGAAAUCACUUUGGAUCCAAACACAGUAAACACACAGCUGUUACUGUCAGAGGAAAACACAAAGGUGACUUUUAUGGAGAAACAUCAGUCUUAUUCUUAUCAUCCAGACAGAUUCAGUGAACGUCCUCAGGCCCUGGGUAGAGAGAGUCUGACUGGACGUCAUUACUGGGAGGUGGAGAAGAAAGAUGAGAUUGUUUUUAUAGCAGUUUCAUACAAGAAUAUCAGCAGAUCAGGGGGGUGGAAGGAAAGUAGAUUUGGAUUAAAUGAAAAAUCUUGGUCACUACAUUGUUACUCAGAUAGAUAUGAAUUUGGUCACAACAGCAUCAGAACCUCCGUCUCAGGUCCUCUGAGCUCCAGAAUAGGAGUUUACCUGGAUCACAGAGCAGGUGUUCUGUCCUUCUACAGCGUCUCUGAAACCAUGACCCUCCUCCACAGAGUCCAGACCACCUUCACUCAGCCGCUCUACGCUGGAGUUUGGAUUUACGGUCCCGGAGCCUCAGCUGAGUUCUGUAAACUCAAAUAAACUUGUUUUCUUUUCAUGUUUUCAUCUCAGUUUUUAUUGAUUUUUUUUUUCUUUUCUUCUGAGAUUCUUCUGAACGUUUCAAACUCUGAUGGAUGGAGGGACAUUUUUGUUCUAUCAGUUGAUGUUUUGUUUUUAUUUCCUCUUUUGGAGGUGGAAGUCGUUAUUUUGUAGUUUCACCUGGGAAAUAUGAUAUGUAAAAUAUUAUGUGUAAAAAAAACACAAAACAGAAAAAAACGACAAUACAAAAGGUUUACCAUACCAACUUUUUUGUAAUACGGGGUUGUGUGUUGUAGUGAUGGGAGGAUGACCAAGGAGUGUAUUGACACGCCACACUAACUGUGUCGGUCACUCAACAGUGACCCCUGCAGGAGUUAUAAAAUCAUUGCAGGUAAACAAAAUAAAAAUAAAAUGGAAAAGCUUUCAUGCUGCACACCCAACAUCACCCUCAGAAAUAUUUAUUCACUAGUCCAGAAAAUAUGAUCUCAUUGUAUUAUUUCAUUUGUUCAAUUUGUUUGCUGACUUAAGUUGUUUAUGAGAAGAGUUAAAAAAAAUCAGAGUUAAAAUGUUUUAUUUAUGUAUGGAAUUUUGUUAACUUAAGUGUUAGAUCAUACAAAAUAAAAGACUAAAAUUGAUUGAUGUAUGCAUUUUUAUUGAGGAACAAAAGUUUUUUUAAAUGUGUCAGUAGGAGCCAUAUUCAUUUUUGUAUUAUUUCAUGUAAGUUUGCUGUUGGGGAAACCCAACACAGAUGUUUCUGAGUUGGAACCAAUCACG